GAUGCCGAUGAUUUGGAGCCCGUGGUCGAUCAUUCCAAGAUCAUUCCGCGCUAUCGUAGCCGAUGCGGGGAACAAUUGGCACCGAAAACCGACAAGGACGGUUAUUGUACAAAGUGCAGAACGACGGACAGUAUGCUUACCCAUGACUGUCUAAGACGCUUAUGUUCGAUGUUCGCUUACUCGACAGGCUAUACUAUGGUCAGAUACGAAGCCGUUGCCUUUCAAACCAGAAUUUUCAAGUCACACUGUAACGCGCUCAGGCUCUGAGGCGCGUGUAACGGAGGCAAUACGGAGGAGCAGCAAAUUGAUCAAAAACGAGACCAAUGUGUACAGGGUCAACUCAACAUGUUGCAUUCAUGCUGUACGCAGAUCUUGGAUUGCAGUCGUGCCUCGCAAAUGCGACACUACUGGAUCUCGGGCACGGUACACCAUGACGCAACAAACACGAGGCUACUCACCGCUCGACCGGGCACUACCCUAGCUACCGUGAUAUGAACUCUGGAUUGCUCGCUUUGGCUGCACCAGCGAACUCGACUGUUUCACCGGGGUGCCUUAACUCGACUCAGCAUGACGCUGAGCCACAACUCACGACCACGAACGCCAUGGCCAAGCUGACCACGAUCAAGGGCCCGUCGAUCCACCUCAUCCAAUAUCUCAGCGACACCCCUCCAUACAACACCCUCGAGGGCCUCGCCGCCUGGGCGGCCUCCCUCGGUAUCAAAGCGCUGCAAGUCCCCGUCGACGCGCGACUUGUCGACAUCCACCGCGCGGCGGAGGACCAGGCGUACUGCGAUGCGCUCAAAGCGACCGUUGCGAAACACGGCGUCGAGAUCUCCGAGCUUUCGACCCAUUUUGCAGGGCAGCUCAUCGCCGUGCACCCCGCGUACGAUGUCCUUUUCGACGGGUUCGCGCCCCCGCAGUUCCGCGGUGACUCCGCCGCGCGUGAACAGUGGGCACGGAGGGUCCUCUUCGACUCGGCCAAGGCGUCGAAGAGGCUCGGGCUGAAGGCGCACGCGACGUUCUCGGGCGCACUGGCGUGGCCGUACUUCUAUCCCUGGCCUCAGCGUCCCGCGGGGCUGGUCGACACUGCGUUCGCAGAGCUGGGCAAGCGAUGGCUCCCGAUCCUCGACGCGUUCGACGAGGCGGGCGUAGACGUGUGCUACGAGAUCCAUCCGGGCGAGGACCUGCACGACGGCGUGACGUUUGAGCGGUUCCUAUCGCACGUCAACAACCACCCGCGCGCGAGCAUCCUCUACGACCCAUCGCACUUUCUGCUGCAGCAGCUCGACUACCUCGCUUUCAUCGACAUCUACCACGAGCGCAUCAAGGUCGUGCACGUGAAGGACGCGGAGUUCGUGCCGGACGGGCGGCAGGGCGUGUAUGGCGGGUACACGGACUGGGUGGACCGCGCGGGCCACUUCAGGGCGCUAGGCGACGGCCAGGUGGACUUCAAGGGCAUCUUCACGCGCCUGGCGAAGUACGGGUACCAGGGAUGGGCGGUGUUGGAGACGGAGUGUGCCUUCAAGCACCCGGAGGACUGCGCGAAGGAGGGCGCGGCGUUCAUCAAGAAUCAUAUUAUACGGGUGUCGGAUGGGACAUUCGAUGAUUUUGCUGGGAGCGGGGUGGGUCCUGAUGGUCUGAAGAAGAUACUGGGGAUCGAGUGAAGACUUUUCAUUGCUUUCCGGAUGAUACUUAUUACGUUGUAAUCAACGGCUCGCGGGAUGGUUUUGACUAUUUACGGAGGCAUACCGAUGAUUGUAGCUCUGCAAGAUGUGCCGGUGAGCUGCCUCAUCAUAGGGUUUUUUGUGUCGAGUCCCUUCAUUGUCCGCGAGGGCCGAGCCCUAUGUAGACAGUACUCUAGCAAUACGUGAUAAGUGCAGGUUCGCGUCGUCGAGGUCAGCCUGAGUAUGCAUCAUCAUAGGUUGCACACAACUUACGUGUUUCUUCGCUCGCAGUGAUGGGACACGUCUACGGAUCAACGCCGCCGGGCGACGGUAAGGACGACCUGCAACUGGCCCAUAAUUCUUGAUUUUUGCUUGAAUUUCUGCAUUCCACUGCCCAUCGGCGUCCAAGUUCUGCUAGAAUCGGU